GCUACACUUUUUCUUCUUUCUGCAAAAUUGCAACUAGUUAGCCUGCUAACUUUUGUGCACCAUGGGCAUGGCUGAUAAGAGCUUGGCGAAGAGGAAGGCUGGGCUGAUCACCAAGACGCUGGACAGGUGCUGGAGCACACCAAUGAGGAACAAGCCUGCAGAGGGCUGUUUCUCUGUCUACGUCGGUGCUGGGAGGCAGCGGUUCGUGGUGCGGACAGAGUGCGUGAACCACCCGCUGUUCCGGGCGCUGCUCAAGGAGGCCGAGGAGGUGUUUGGGUACGCAGACGCAGGGCCCCUUGAGCUACCCUGCAACGCCGAGGCGUUCGCCGGGGUGUUGGAGCAGAUCGAGGAGGAGAAGCAGAUGGUGGGGGGAAGGAGGUGCGGCCUUGUCAGGGGGAAAUCCUACCGGCUGCUUGGCACUGGUCAGGCUGUCAUCAUCGACCGGUCGUAGCAUAUGCAUUGGAUUGGAUGAUGCCGAGUUGAUGAGCUCUGAGUUUUGUUGAGCUCGCAUUCUGGGACUAUCAUGUACACAUUUGGAAGCAACCUUAGCAUUCCCAAGUAUGGUAAACAACAUCAGCAUAUACUGGGCAAAUGAGAUACUUUUCUUUCUUCUUCUUUUUCUAUUUUGCAUUUUUUGUGAGAAGGCAAUGUUAGAUUUUGAUUUGUUUUCCCCUCCUAAGUUGUAUUAUCUGUCGGUGGAAGUGUUAUACAGAUAUAUAAAGAAUCUAUAAGUUUUUUAUGCCCAUA